CUGGAAAAAAAAAAAUCACUUCUAUUGGGAUAAAUAUAUAUGGUUCUAAUAAAACAAUAUAUAAGCCAACCUAGUUCAGCCGCCUGCGACUCACUUUCCUCCGCCGUACUCAAUCGUUGCGCUUCCAGCUUGGCGUCUCUCAAUAAUAUUGGGAGCUUCUUAAUAGAUGGCUAGAUGGGAUCAAAUUCUUUCCCUUCCUGUUCAGAGCCCACCGACUUUGGAAUUUUCUUCUGCUGAACUUGUGUGGUCUAAGGUAGAAGGCUAUCGCGAUAACAUAGACAGAGUUGCUCUCAUUCCAUUUGCUAGAGUAGAUGACUUUGUUAGGGGUGAAUCUGCUAAUAAAGAAUGUCCAACAAGAUUCCAUGUUGAAGCUCGGAGACGUCGGCCUGCGGAGACGACUUACAAGCCUAAAGUUGAUGGCAUCCUUGAAUAUAUUCUGUACUGGUGCUCCUUUGGUCCCGAUGACCAUAGAAAGGGUGGAAUCGUUCGACCGAGUAGAACCACAUACGUUCCUAAGAAAAAACCUGCUGGUCGACCUAAUACAAAGAGGGGGUGCACCUGCCACUUUAUUGUCAAACGCUUAAUUGCUGAACCAUCUGUAGCACUUAUCAUCUAUAACCAAGAUAAGCACGUGGAUAAGAAAGGAUUACCUUGCCAUGGCCCACAGGACAAAAAGGCUGCUGGAACACGCGCCAUGUAUGCUCCAUACAUAUCAGAGGAUCUUCGUCUCCGUGUUUUGUCCCUGCUGUAUGUUGGAGUGUCCGUGGAAACAAUCAUGCAGAGACACAAUGAAUCAGUGGAGAAACAAGGAGGUCCCUGCAACCGAGAUGACCUUUUAACUCACAGGUAUGUUCGGAGACAAGAGAGGAGCAUACGGCGUUCUACUUAUGAACUUGACAUGGAUGAUGCAGUCAGCAUUAACAUGUGGGUCGAAAGUCACCAGAAUCAAGUGUUCUUUUAUGAGAAUUUCUCUGAUUCCGAGCCUUUUGUUUUGGGCAUUCAAACAGAAUGGCAGUUGCAACAACUGAUCCGGUUCGGAAAUCACGGCCUUCUAGCCUCUGAUUCAAAGUUUGGAACUAAUAAAUUAAAGUAUCCUAUUCACAGUCUUGUUGUGUUCAACUCAGACAACAAGGCUAUACCGGUGGCAUGGAUAAUAGCACCUAGAUGUGCAAGUGGAGAUACACUUGGAUGGAUGAGGGCCCUAUAUAACAAAGUUCAUAUGAAAGAUCCUAACUGGAAGUUGGCUGGAUUCAUUGUGGAUGAUCCUUCAGCUGACGUCAUUGCAAUCAGGGAAGUGUUUCAGUGCUCUGUAUUGAUAUGCUUUUGGCGGGUUCGUCAUGCAUGGCAUAAGAACUUGAUUAAGAAAUGCUCAGAAAUGGAAAACUGUGCUGCAAUUGCAAAGAGGCUAGGCCAGACAGUACAUCGCAUCUGCAAAAAAGAUGGAACUGCUGAUUUGUUUGAAGAAUUUAUGGAAGAUUUUGUGGAUGCUGCAGACUUUUUGGACUAUUUCAAGGCCAUAUGGUACCCGAGACUAGGGCUCUGGACUAAUGCACUGAGAACUCUUCCUCUUGCCAGCCAGGAGAUGUGCUCGGCGAUGGAGUACUAUCACAACCAAAUGAAGCUUAGGUUAUUGAAUGAGAAUGAAAAUAGUGUAUAUCAACGUGCUGAUUGGCUUGUAGAUAAGCUAGGUACUAUAGUGCAUUCUUACUUCUGGCUUGAUGAGUAUUCGGGGAAGGAUGAUUUUGCACGAUACUGGAAGGAUGAAUGGAUGAGUGGCUUAACAGCUUGGCAGAAAUCUUUGCAGAUUCCUGAUUCUGAUGUCUUAGUUGAGGGUGAAUGUUCAAAAGUUGUUGAUCAGGAAGAUCGGCAUCAAGUGCAUGUUGUUCGGAAUCCAGCUUCUUCCGAGUAUGCACUUUGUGAUUGUGAUUGGGCAAAAAUGGGAAACUUAUGUGAGCAUAUUCUCAAAAGCAUGAAAUAUCUACGUGACAAAGGGUCUAUUACUCCAUCCGUCAGUAUGUUCCAAUAUAUGCAGGCUCUGGUUGAUAUGUUACACUGCCCGCCUCAUGAUUCUUUGAUUCGUGAUCAUGCACUUUCUCUAGCUGUCUGGGUGCAGAAACAGUUGAAUGCUCAACUUGGUCCUGGAAGUGGCCAGUCGAAGCGACAAGCUCUUCAGCUGACUGCUACUACACCUGGUGUGGUAAAUGCGAUCAAUAGAACAGACACAUUAGCCAAUGUGGUAGAUGAUCUGGCUGAGCUCCGGCAUUCAAGUUUUACCGCAGAUAAUUUGAGUGGUGGCCAGAUUGAUCGUGUAGCUACUGAAAAUGGCACUUGUGUAGAUAUAGGACAUACUGUGGAAAAUCCUUCUGUUGAGAUGCAAACCAGCCCAUUAUCCAUAUCCGCUUGUGCGACUCAAUUGUUUUCUCUUGAUGGGGUCACAUCAGCUGAUGUGUUUGCUGAGAAUGGAGGUGUCAUGAUAGGUGAGGAGCUGGAUACGUUGAAGAAUCUUCCUUCUGCAGACACAUCAUUUGCAAAUUUAAACGGUUUUGAAGAUGAUGUCUUGAACAAAGCUUGAUUGUGCAACAAUGGUGGAUGAGCAACCACAGCCUCUCUCUGUAGCUCCAGCUGAGAAGUCUCUAGAUCAAUGCUUGAAGAACCAGCAGAAUGAUGUCUGUAGAAACUCCAUGGAGCCAGACAUUAGUCCCAGGUUACAGAAUGUUGAUACAGAAUCGAUAGUGCAAUUUCAUCCAUAACCGAGGCAGUAUAAUCCUCUCUGGUGAAUAUGGCUGAAGCCUCUGAAGUUGAAAAACGCAUGAGGAUAGAUUCCGUUGAUGAAAAUGCUGGCAUGACUAGUGGCCUAACCGCUUAAAGAUGUCAAAUGUUGGUCUUGGGGCUCUCUGUAACCCCCCAUUCACAUCAAAGUCGGUUGAUCAAGAGCUGAUUGAAAAACUUUAAGCCUCCGAAGGAAUUGAAGAAAAUGGGAAGAAUGUGUUUUGACAAAUGGCAACGCAACGUAUGCAGGAACAAUGACCAGAAUUCUGCCAGCGGAGUCCUAGUAGAAGGUAUAACUACUGAGCUGUUUUAUCUUCUCAAGAACAGUAGGGCAGCUGACGACCCUCCACCCAUUGUAGCAACCUUUUGUGGAGCUUGGGACAGAUUGAACAUCUUGUGAUUAAGUGCCUUGCUUUCUUAGAUCACAAUAGCCUGAUUUUGCUAAAACUGAUUUCACUAGUGAAGUGAAUAGGGAGCAACUUCGAAAAGGCACAAGGGUGUAGCAAAGAGUUUGUUUGAGGCUGCUGCUCAUGGUCUAUUGCUUAUAGGAUUGGUUACUGACUUACAAAUAUAAAGUGCUUGUGCCGUUCAUGGUGCCUACUCGCCUAUACUGGCCAUUGUUGUCGGCCUUGCUUGCUUCACCACCUUGUAUAUCCAGAUGAAAGCAACUAAAUGUGAGAAUUAUUUUGAAUCUUUGAUAAAGUGUGUAUAUUUCUGUGGAAUUUAUCUUAGGCAUUGUACAUUGCCUCUUAAACACCUCUCACCUUUGGUCUGGGCAUAAAAUCUAUGAAAAUAAAAUGUGUAUAUUGUUA